AUGGCGUCGCCUCCCAGACCUCAAGGGUUGGGCAUACAAACACCAGACCUCAACGAUGUGCCCACUUCGACAGUGGCAGCAGUUGAGCAUGAUGAAGAUGACAUAUCUCUCACCUCAACUGUGGAAAGCGAAUUUCAAGAUGAAUACGAGGUCGAAACCAUUCAUGCACAGGAAAUAAUCAAUGGCCAAAGAAUGUACCUCGUUAAGUGGAAAGGUUACUCGGACUCGCGUUGCACCUGGGAGCCGAGAGAAUCCUUCAACACCAAGGAAAUAUUAAGAGAGUGGAAACACAGGAAACGACAGAUAAGACGAGGUCUGAUACAACCGUUUGACGUUGAAGCAUGGCAGGCUGAAUGUGAAGCUCUUGAAAACGCCCGCCAGGAGCGUAAACGACGGCGAAGAGAGAAACGUGCGAGACUCGGUCUGCCGGCCUCAGAAAAUCAAGAGAGCCAGAACGAGAGUCAAGCAAUUGCCGAACCGACCAAAGAGCCGGAUACGGUGGCCCCUUCCUCAGAAGCGUCUUCUGACGAGGAGCCUCUUAUGGCUCGCAGGAGUCUUGGUCAGAAUAGUCCAUCAAAUUUUGAUAAUACUCAAUCAGGAUCUCCAAAUCAACCUGGCAACAUAGCCAUCAACAACCAACCCAAACCAGCUACAGCGCGACCCCCACCAACAUGCCCUAUCAAGCAGACUGCUCGCCCUACCAAUCAAACAGCUCGCCAAACAGAAAGACCAAGAGCAGCAUCUCCGAAACCUGUCGAUAUCAAAGUUGUGGAUGGCCGUAUUCAAAGAAGAGACCUUGCUAACGUAUUGAAUCGUGCGCGGCAGCAACCCAGUGCUUCAGCGGACAAGAACAAAACGUGGAAGCUAUUUCAGACCACACACCGAUUCGAAAAAGCUUCUCGACAAGACCCCGAACCUAACAGAAAUGAUUUAGAGUUACAAAGUCCUAAGACGUGGUCUCCAUUCCAAAUGUCUUCAUUUCUUAGAAAGCAUCAGGAAAAAGACUCGGAUAAUAGUCUCUUUGUGGAGCAAGAUGAAGUACCUGAGGCUCAACAAACAACCGUGCCUCAAACUCCAAGUGUAUCGACAGAGAGUCCCGUGCUCCCAUCGCAACAAUUAAACGCUGCAGAGCCCUCCCCAGCUAUACCCCCAAGUACCCUACCCGCAGGUACCACGCUGCCAAGCAACAAACCAACCAACAAUUCCGCGCAAGGGGUUAGAGAAGGUCAGACAAAAAAGAAAUCGGAUUAUUUUCCAACUAAAAAUCAACCUUGUUCACGCGUGCUGAACUGGUAUCCAAAUGGAACGCUCUGGGUUGGAAAACGUCAACUGCGCGACCCAACAGAUAUUCUUAUUCGGCUUUCAUAUGGCCCCGAAGCCGUUGAGAUAGGUGAUACCCUCCUCUGCAAUUGCUCGUUCUACGCUCGAGAGAUAAUUUUUCAACUCAAAUACGAUCUCGAGAUCAGGCUUCGCUUCGAAGAGCUUUGCACGUUAGAGCGUUUUCGAUCUUUGUCACGUGAGUUGAAUAAUGAAGUCUUUCUUAAUGGCUUUAUCCGUUCCUAUCCCGACACAAAGCCUGGGUUAGAUGGCCUGGAGAAUUUGUUGCUAGACAAGGACAUUGUCGCAAUAGCAAGAAUCUGCCCUGAUCCUUCCAAACCAGAUUAUGGUUUAACUCUUAUCUGUUAUCCAGCUGCAACUAGAAGUUUUCAGUUUCUUAACAGGCGAAACUAUUGCGCACCAAGCGGUACUCUACGCAUUGCAGGCAUUCGAGGUAUACUCCCGCGUCAUCUACGGGAAGUCGCGCCGGCUAAAAAUGAAUCCAUGACGAGAAAGAUAUCGCAGAGACCAGAACGACAGGGCCGUUAUGAAGAUGCUGGAAAGCCUCAGGUGGAGGGUUUGAACACUUGGCGCUUUCCAUCCCAAGCCAUUCCUUCUACACCUCGAUCUCGGCCCGAUGAUUCGUCAUUAGGAUAUAAAGAGCGUGUCUUGUUAGCCCGUAACUCUCGUUCAGAAGCUCCAGCUAUUUGCGAAGAUCAAGCGCCAGGGGUGCCCCCAAGCGGACAAUCAAAUAUUCUCUCAAAUCCUGUCGCUACUGACCAAGACGAUUCGGCCGACGCACAUUUCGACGCUAUGGACACAUCAUCUGAUUCGACGCCUGAGGCUAAUGAAGAUUCUAUAGAAAUUAUAACAUCACAUGCCCCUGUCUCGAAUGACAUUGACGUCCCAUCACCCGCUCCUUUGACGCUGAACGAGCAGUAUUCGAAUCAGGGUAUUGAAGAAGGUCAGGAUGUCCAUAUGCUUGAUAUCAGCAAUCCAGAAAACAUUAAAGUAGUCUUGGAGAAUUUCUUCCUAACUAACUACAAUAUCACGUACGAUAAUAUCGCCGCUGUCACCAGUCAUGCUACCGUUAAACAGGCAAAUUGCUUCUAUUUAUGGUUUCCGGAAGAUGCAGAUGCGGACUUUCAGGUUUUGGAGCAGUUUCUUGAGAACCAUUUUGCGAUUGUAUUGUCUAAUCGCAAACAAAAUGACUGGGAAAAGUUUACGAAAUCUUCUUCAGGAGUUGCAUUGUUUCACCAUACAUUUCUGCAUUACAGCGAUAUGCCGGGCUUCCAUAAACUCACAAUGGGCUCUUCUUUUAACUUUUGGAACGUUUCUCUUGCCACGGCCAUCCCAAAUAUUGAGCCAAAGACGCAUUUUCAAAGACUCUUCCCUCAAGGAACUGGUUACCUCAUGGCGGAGGAUUUCAUGUUGCAGGAAAGAGACGCAGCGAUCAUGGUUCUAGCUUGGUUUCGGGAGGCUUCUAUAUUAAAGUUUCCGGGCACAAUUAAAAUGAUGUUUCGUCCAAAUGUUUUGCAGUGGUUGGAUUGGAUGUCUGAAGAAGAUCCUCGGUCGAGUGCUGAACUGCUUCCUAGAUUCGCCGUAAUGGCCGUUCUUAUAGGCGACACUGCAUGCUAUGGUGAUUCAUCAAAUUGGCCGGUUGAAGCGCGCGAUCUUGACUGUUUCUAUAACCCAUCCCUUGAAAGUCCCGUUGUAUCGCUGGCCGAAAUGCCCAAGAUUGAGCCUGCAGAUGGUUUCUCAGGACCAGGGACGAACAAAACACAAGAAAUGGAGCAGCAAAAAGACGCAGAUCUUUUAUGCGAAGUAUUUGCGGCCUGGGCUAUUCUCAAUGCAGCGUCUCUGCGAAAGUUUAAUAUCAUCACCCAUAACAAACCGAUGGAUCGCUGGCAGAAGUGGCAACAUAUCGAGAUCAUCCAAGGCGCAAACGACUUCUUCCGAAAAUCCAAUAUCAACAAAGACUAUUACGCAAAAUGGUUAAGUCAGUCGUCAGCAGCAUUGUCACCAUCGAAAGCCGCAGCAGCACUACCAGUCCCAGCGUCAGGGGCAUCUGCAACCACACCAACAAUACCGCAUCCAUCCCUGAAUGACAGAGUAGCUCCAUGGAAUUCGGAUACUCAAAGGAUUCCACACUCCAAAUCACAAUUACCUCCUACACUCGCACCUGCAAAUGCGCGACGACCGUCACUUAAUGAGACAGCGGCGACAUGGAAUUCGGAAGCUCAUAAACUUGCAUCUUUCAACAAGGGGCCGCCUGCAGCAUCUUCGAAUCGUCGGCAGUCCCGGUAG